GGGUGGAGCGCCAGAGCCCUCGGCGCGCCCUGGACGCCACUGCAGUGCUGCCGCCUCCGCGCCCUACUCCGCCGACUUCGCGCUUCCCCGACGGGGUUUCUCCAGCGCAGCCCUCCGUCGCCCCCUCACGCCCUCUCUCUCUCUCUCUCCGGAGGCGGACGGACGGGACGGACGGACAGCAGCUGUGGGAAGCCCGGCGGCUGCCCCGUCUACCUGGCAAGGUCAUAGCGGGCUCGCCAUGGAGGAGGCCGGGCGCCUUUGGCUGCGGGGAAGCGGCUGGCCGGCAGGUGGGCUCGCCCUGGGCGCGCGGUGCGCGGCGCUGCCGGUGGGCUGGACCUGCGCGUCUUCGCGGGGCGAGUAGACGGACGGACGGACGAGUUGCGCCGAGUUGCGCGUCGUCGCUGGUGCUGCUCGGGAAGCGGCGGGGAAGUUUCCCUGCGGGCGCUGCUGCGCACUCCGGAGCGCGCUGCGUCUUCUUCUUCUUCUCCGUGAGAAAUUCUGGUCCUGCAGGCGCGCGGGGGACGGAGCGAGGGGGGUCUUGAAGAUGGGCUCCAUCUAACAAGCAACAAGGAAGCAAGAAACUGCUGGAUUGGGUCAAUUGCAAUGGAGAAGACCACUGAGGAGAUGGUGGAACUAUGGCUGCUAUCCUGUGGCUUACCGUACACCAAGCAUCCCCACCAGAUCCGCAGUGCGCAGUGUUCAGAAGUGAAAAGGCUUGCUGAAGGUUAUUAGGCCUGCUCCUCUUGUGUGGCCAUUUUGAAGUUUGCAACCUCUGUCCCUCGUGAAAAGGAGGAACGAUGACUUUUUAUAGUUUCUGUUUGCUCCUCUUUGCGUUUACUUGGAAUACCUCUGCCUAUGCCUAUGGACCGAAUCAAAGGGCACAGAAGAAGGGAGACAUUAUUCUUGGGGGGCUGUUCCCCAUUCAUUUUGGAGUGGCUGCUAAACACCAGGAUCUGAAAUCAAGACCAGAAUCCGUUGAAUGCAUAAGGUAUAAUUUUCGUGGUUUCCGUUGGCUUCAGGCCAUGAUCUUUGCCAUUGAGGAAAUUAAUAACAGCCCAACGCUUCUUCCCAACAUGACUCUUGGAUACAGCAUAUUUGAUACCUGCAACACCGUCUCCAAAGCCCUGGAAGCCACGCUGAGUUUUGUGGCCCAAAACAAGAUAGACUCUCUGAAUCUGGAUGAGUUCUGCAAUUGCUCAGAGCACAUUCCCUCCACAAUCGCGGUGGUGGGAGCAACUGGUUCGGGGAUCUCUACUGCCGUGGCCAAUCUUCUGGGUCUCUUUUACAUACCUCAGGUUAGCUAUGCUUCAUCCAGCCGUCUGCUGAGCAACAGGAAUGAGUACAAAUCUUUCCUGCGUACCAUACCCAAUGACGAACACCAGGCCACCGCCAUGGCAGACAUUGUCGAGUACUUCCGCUGGAACUGGGUGGGCACCAUUGCGGCAGAUGACAAUUACGGACGGCCAGGAAUCGAAAAGUUCAGGGAGGAGACCGAGGAGAGAAACAUCUGCAUUGACUUCAGUGAGCUCAUCGCGCAGUACUUGCCUGAGGACCAGAUCCAGCAGGUGGUGAAAGUCAUUGAGAAUUCCACAGCGAAGGUGAUAGUCGUUUUCUCAAGUGGGCCGGAUCUGGAACCCCUGAUCAAAGAGAUUGUCACGCGUAACAUCACUGGCAGGAUUUGGCUGGCUAGUGAAGCCUGGGCCAGCUCUUCGCUGAUAGCUAUGCCAGAGUUCUUCCAUGUCAUGGGUGGCACCAUCGGAUUUGCUCUGAAGGCAGGGCAGAUCCCCGGCUUCCGCAACUUUCUGCGGAAGGUGAAUCCGAGGAAAUCUGUUAACAAUGGAUUUAUCAAAGAGUUUUGGGAGGAGACGUUUAACUGCUACCUGGCAGAUAGCAACAAAAAUUAUCCAGGUUCUGCGUCUUUCCAGAAGAGCCGCGAAGAAGGCACUGGAGUUGGAAAUGGCACAAGUGCCUUCCGCGCCCCCUGUACUGGGCACGAAAAUAUCACCAGUGUGGAGACUCCCUACAUGGAUUAUACUCACCUGCGGAUAUCUUACAAUGUAUACUUGGCCGUAUACUCCAUUGCCCAUGCUUUGCAGGAUAUAUACACUUGCACCCCUGGGAAAGGACUGUUCACCAAUGGGUCAUGUGCUGACAUCAAGAAAGUGGAAGCAUGGCAGGUACUGAAGCACCUGCGGCACUUGAACUUCACAAACAACAUGGGAGAGCAAGUGGAUUUUGAUGAAUCUGGGGGCCUGAUAGGGAAUUACUCCAUCAUCAAUUGGCACCUGUCACCAGAGGACGGCUCCAUUGUCUUUGAGGAAGUUGGACACUAUAAUGUUUAUGCCAAGAAAGGAGAGAGGCUGUUUAUCAAUGAGAACAAGAUUCUGUGGAGUGGAUUCUCGAAGGAGGUGCCCUUCUCCAACUGCAGCAAAGACUGCCCGCCUGGCAGAAGAAAAGGCAUUCUCGAGGGGACAGCUACUUGUUGUUUUGAAUGUGUGGAAUGCACUGACGGGGAGAUCAGUGAUGAGACAGAUGCUAGUGCCUGUGAGAGGUGUGAUGAAGACUUCUGGUCCAACGAAAACCACACGUUCUGCAUUCCCAAGCAAAUAGAAUUUUUGUCUUGGACAGAGCCGUUUGGGAUCGCGCUCACCCUCUUCGCUAUACUAGGCAUCUUCCUCACGUCGUUUGUCCUGGGGGUCUUUACCAGAUUUCGCAACACACCCAUCGUCAAGGCCACAAACCGCGAACUCUCUUACCUCCUCCUCUUCUCCUUGCUUUGCUGCUUCUCCAGCUCCCUUUUCUUCAUCGGGGAGCCCCAGGACUGGAACUGCCGCUUACGGCAGCCGGCCUUUGGCAUCAGCUUUGUCCUCUGCAUCUCCUGCAUCCUGGUGAAGACCAACCGCGUCCUCCUGGUCUUUGAGGCCAAGAUACCCACCAGCCUCCAUCGCAAGUGGUGGGGCCUUAACCUCCAGUUCCUCUUGGUCUUCCUGUGCACUUUUGUGCAGAUAGUCAUCUGUGUCAUCUGGCUCUAUACGGCUCCCCCUUCCAGCUAUCGGAAUCAUGAACUGGAGGACGAGAUCAUCUUCAUCACCUGCAACGAGGGCUCCUUGAUGGCACUGGGCUUCCUGAUCGGCUACACAUGCCUCCUGGCCGCUAUCUGCUUCUUCUUCGCUUUCAAGUCCCGCAAGCUGCCCGAGAACUUCAACGAGGCCAAAUUCAUCACCUUCAGCAUGCUGAUCUUCUUCAUUGUUUGGAUCUCUUUUAUCCCAGCUUACGCCAGCACCUACGGCAAAUUUGUCUCGGCGGUGGAGGUGAUCGCUAUACUGGCUGCCAGCUUUGGGCAGCUGGCUUGCAUCUUCUUCAACAAGGUCUACAUCAUCCUCUUCAAGCCCUCGCGCAACACCAUCGAGGAGGUGCGCUCCAGCACCGCUGCCCAUGCCUUCAAGGUGGCUGCCAAGGCCACGCUGCGGCGCAGCAAUGUGUCCCGCAAGAGGUCCAACAGUCUUGGAGGCUCCACAGCCUCGACGCCGUCCUCGUCCAUCAGCAGUAAAAGCAACCAUGAAAAUCCCUUUUCACUGCCAAGUCCAGUGGACCACCAGCAGCCACAUGGGUGCAAGCAAAAGGUGAGUUUUGGCGGCGGGACUGUCACUUUCUCGCUGAGCUUCGAGGAGCACCAGACAAAUGCAGUAGCCAACCGGAAUGCAAAGCACAGGAACUCACUGGAAGCCCAAAACAGUGACGACAGCCUCAUGCGCCACAAGGCCCUGCUUCCUCUGCAACCCAGCGAACCACGAGGCAACGAGCCCAACUUCCAGAUGCCCUCAAUUCAAGGCUCCAACACGAAGGAACCAGUAACGGCAGAAGCCAAGCAAGAAGUGCAAAACUCGGAAGAAGAGCAACCUUCUUUGUCAGAUGCAUACUUGCGGGAUUUUGUAGGCAAUGACUCCGUCCUAGAGAACGCCAUUCAUUCAUAAUCAAAGAAAAAGGAGUCUGUUUUCCCCGCUCUUCUCUAAAACGGGGGGGGGGGGGGGGAAGGACUGGAUGCAUCUGCAACACAGCCAGCCACUUCUUAUGGUUAGAAUCAGCAGGAUAAACUCACCUCCAAAGGGCUGUUGAGGGUGGGAGAGGGAAGAAAAUGCCUAGUGAUCAUUUUAGUGAACAUCUGUGCUGGUUGUGGAAGAUAUGAGGAGAAGAAACCCGUUGGAAGGACUAGUACUCUCCCCCCCCCCAGCUGGGUUUAUCAGAUUUUUGUGUGGAGUUUAUCAUUGUUCUACCCUAGUGGUCCAAGGCCACCAACUUGCUGGUUAGUGAACAUCUCUGAACGGUUCUAGUAACGUGCUCUGCUUUUACAUUGAUGUAUAUUAUCCCUUUUCUUCGUGGUGUGUAAUAGCCCCUCUUUAUAUGUAAAACUGCUUAGCCAUAUUGCAACGAGGAAAGCCUUUCUGCUUUACACAAAACGGGACACGUGGUUUGACUUAGGGGAACGUCGUCCUCCAGCUAAAUGAAUUUCAGCUGUUGCCCUCCACGUGUAAAGUAUUUAAAAAUAAGAAGACAUCGCUCCUUGUAUUUACAAUCAAAAGAUUAGCCGCUUUAUGCUGCUCCCAAUGUCUCAUAAAAGAGGAAUAACGUCCUGAGAAACAUCGCUGCUUUUAUGCAGAGCUGCUGUCCUCCCAGAGAUGCAUGCCCAGGGCUGACUCACUUGGUAGGCAAAAAGGAAGGGCAGCUUCUGCUCCUGGGGAAUUUACAGAGAGCUCAGUAACAUGUGCCCAUAACUUAAUUUAGGCUACUGUUGUUAUGGCUUCUGUGCUGCAAAUGGCUGGCAUUUUAUUACAGCAGGGGUCACCAGUCCUCUUGGGCACAUUUGCAAACCAGAUACCGUAUUUUCUGCUCCAUAAGACGCACCUAGUUUUUAAAGGAGGAAAACAGGGGGGGAAAUAUUCUGAAUCAAAUGUUGUACUAAACUAUUUAAUAAACUACCGGUAUAUCAGAGUGAGAGGGACAGGAGCUGUAUGUUUCUUUGGCGUGCGCGCUCAAGGAGCGACGAGCGGAGAGGCAGCACGCCCCCAGACGGACCCAACGCAGGAACCCCAGCAGCCUCCUCUCGUGUAAGCGGCUCCUCUCCCGCUUUGCUGCUUUAAAGCGAGCUGAGCCGGGGAAGAGGGAAGAAAGGAGAGCCCGUCCGUCCCUCCCUGAUCUGCAGCUCGCUUUAAAUCAGCAAAGCAGGACAGCAGCCGCUUACACCCGUGUAAGCGGCUGCCAACCCCCUUUGCUGCUUCAAAGCAAGUCACAGAGGAGGGAAGGAAGGGGAGCCAUGGAUCCUUCGCUCGCGACUGCAGCGGGAUUCCACCGCAGUCCAUAGGCAUUCACUCCAUAAGACGCACAGACAUUUCCCCUUACUUUUUAGGAGGAAAAAAGUGCGUCUUAUGGAGCGAAAAAUAUGGUGAAUCAUUGUAGAUGCCCCCCACAGCCACACGCAGAACAGCCUUUUCAGUUGGCUACAACAGAACGCUUCUUUCAAGUCUAGUUUGAGCAGGUGUCCGGGAUCCUUUUUGGGUGCUUGUGCACCCAUAACUGCCUCAUUGGUCAGCUGUGCCCUGCCAUUUGCACUGUACUGUGUUAACUUCUGUCAAAUCCAUGGCUCUUUUGGGGAGUAACCCAAUACAUUUGCAGGCAUAAUUGGGCUAACAACUAAGCAUUAAAGGAAGGAGACAGUCUAAAAGAAAAGGCUCUGAAAAGUGAGGAAUCACAUCCCCAAGGAGGCCUCAUUGAACUUUUCACGGCUGCAGAAGCAUACGGUCAUUAAUUACCUGAGGUUUCCCCAAGUCAUGGGUCUAGCAAGUUAAAACAAUAUUUAUAACAAACAGACAAUACGUUCAGGGAAUAAUAACCAGGCCCCAGAGGAUCAUUUUGGAGAUUAAAUACCUGGAAAGCUAGGCUGUGUUGCAGAAAGCAGCUGACAGCCCAGGGUACUUCAAAAAGCUUCUCCAAGGAAAUGUAUGAACGGGAGCCUUAAAUAAUGGCAAACUAGCACAAAGUAGGCAUGUCCCCAGUUUUGUUCUUUAGGAAGAAUUAAAGCGGCUAGCCAGUGGUAGGUGUGGCUAAUGCUUUUGCUAAGGGUAGAAUGAAAUGCCAAGAUCACUUUCACCCCAAAUUCUGCAACUGCUGGAGUUCCAAAAUGUAUCUUACAGAUAGCAGAGGUUGUUGUGACAGUCAAGACCUAACAGCUGACUCCUGUAAGUAGAGAAUGCAUCCAUAAGUAAUAUUGGGCCUGCCCCUGAGAGAGAAAACUAAGGAAUUUAUGACAUAAUAAUAAUAAUAAUAAUAAUAAUAAUAAUAAUAAUAAUAAUAAUAAUAAUAAUAA